CAACUAUCUAGACAAAUCGAGAUUUUCUGACUUUGUAAAAGUGCCGUAAUUCAUAGUUAUUUAUGCUAGAUAGUUGGUAUAUGUAUGUAAUCAGAGGACAAUCAUGAGUGUGAUACAAGCCAUACUGGCAAAGGCAUGCGUUGCUCUUUGCGUUGUUGGGGCAUUGAUGGUGUAUCAGGAAGACAGCAGCUACAUGCUCUUGUUUACCGUACUGAUAUCGUACACAUUGUGGCUGAUCUUCAUCCUAAUAUAUAAAGGAAAAAAGACCGACCCAGCUAUCUACAAUUGUCUACAAAUGAUCUAUUCGGUUAUGGUGUUUGCACUUGUUUACUCAUCACUCCACAACGAUGAGUCGAAUCAGCUAAGACACGAGUUCAUGGUUGACAAUUUGAAACCUUACUUUCAAUACAAACAAACUCUGAAGUGGGCGGCAAUGGAGUGUUUUUCAUUUAUCGUCUUCAUUUGGCGACUAAUGAAUAUAUUCAAUAUAGGCUGGAAACGCUUGACUGCAAUGAUGUUAUUUUUUACAAUGCAUGCUUGUAUUUUGGCAAUAAUAGUUGAAUUCAUACUGACCAUGGUAGCAUCAAGUGUAUGGAUCGCUUUGGUUGAAAAUUUAAUGUUCACAUUUGACGCUAACAAUAGCCGUGAUUAUCCUGAAGGAUUUUUCAAUCCGAAAAAUGUAAGUGAAACCCCAUAUUCGUUACCAGUGCGUGAAACAAAAACAUAUUUCCAAGAUUUUUCUGGCAAGUUUGUACUUGUGAAUAACUUCGAGACAGUGAACAGUCCAGCAGAUCCAGAUUCUUCCUACCCUCUUUACCAAAUGUCUGUUGAACGAUACAUUGGCGAAGACGUUAAACUUAGCUGUGAUUAUUUAAUUCUUGAUAAGGAUCGGCUUGGAAGGAAAACUUUCUGGUUUUUCAACGGAACAAAACUGACAAACAGUUCAAAGCACAAUAUUGACACUGACGUUAAAUUGCAAGAUGAUAAAUGGUCUGUACAUUCUGUGUUAAGUAUAAAAUUACUUCACUCUGUUGACUUCGGAGAAUACAAGUGUUACGGCAAGAUUUACCACUACAGCAAACAUGCCAAAAUAUCAGUCGUUCAUGGAUUACAUUCAACUAAAUAUUUGGUAUCUAUUUUAACGCUAAAAGAAAUUCAUCCCGAAAUACGUCUUUUAAAAAGGUCUGUCGGGAACAUUGUAGCAACUCAAGGUCAUUUUUGGUAUCACUCCAACCAAGAUAUCAAUGAUUUCCACUUGGACUACACGGUGAAUGGUAAAUCUAUCGGUCUUCGAUGCCCCGGAGAAAACUCGCAAAUAUGUUCAGUAGGAGCAACUGUUCUUCGAAUGUUUCUCACAAUUGGAGCCAGCAAUUUUGAAUGGGAAGGAGAACAGUUUCCAUAUCUUGAUGUUGCAAAAGUGGUUGCCAGUGAAGAUUUGAAUCGUGCUAUUAUAUAUUAUUGCUUGUGCAGCUCUGGAUUUGGUGUCCAUAGAAUUAGUUUUGUUCGAAGUGUUGUUGUUCCUACAACUGGACGAGCAGUAUUACACGACAUAGAGCAUCCUUACAUAUAUCUUAUUCUACCACGUGCAGGGUUAUCACUGUUUCGAGUGUUUGAUGACACGCAUCUGUAUAAGGAGAUAGAGGACUUAAUUGACACUGGUGUUGAAAUUGAAAUAAUUGAACAAAAGGUAGAGCACUUGUUGGCAUUCAUAAGUGCUAAUGAAUACAAAGUUAUUUCAUUUACAAACUUUUGUCAAGGAAUACUUUUAAUUUUAGCCUUCAUUGUCUUAUUCUUUAUUACCCACAUAACAACAAGAUAUUAUUUUAGAUUGUUUAUAAGAGCACCAGUCAGGCGUUUGUUUAAUGUCAAGCCGUUACAACAUGAAGAUGUUUUGCAUCUGGAUGAUUUUAUUUUCGAUGUAUUUAUUUCUAACGCUGAUGAGGAAUACAACUUAGUCACCACAGUAUUGCUACCUUAUUUGAAAGAAGAAUCCAAAGUUAAUACGUGCUUUAAUGGCGAUGAAUAUUUUAGAGGAAAUAGACCACUGAUACACUUGUAUCUAGAUUCAAUAUCGAAAAGCAGAAAAAUAAUUGUCAUACUUUCCAAACAUUACAUGCAAGAUGCAAUAUGUGAAAAUUUGCAGCUUCACAUGAUCAUAUUACCAUUGAUUUAUGAAAGAAAGCGAAUACCAAAGGAUGUCCUGUUCAUCAAAUAUGACAAAGAUGUGGAAUUUCCGAGAAUUCUAAGAUGGGACCUAGAUGUAGAGAUACUUGAUUGGCAAACUCAUCUAGGUGAUAGAGUCAAACUGAAAUUAAUACGUAAAUGGAUGCUCACGGGGAAGUUAUAACUGCUCACUCGUUUCAAAAUGCAUCUGUUAUAGUACGGAGGUGCCAAAACAAUUCCAUUGUGCCAUUGCGGUAAAUGUUUGUUUUUGUUUCAAAAUCGUUGUGCCAACCGCUCGUUAUUGUUCCAUAUCAGUAUAUGUGUUGUUGUUCUUUUUUUGUUGUUGUUGUUGUGUUUUUUGUUGGUUUAUUGUAUUAUUUUUGAGGUUUUUUAACACAUUUUGGUAAACACAUUUGACGCCUUAGCUUUUUUAAUUCAUCUUCACGACUUCAUUUGUCAAACACAGUACAAGCAUUUACUUACAUAUAAUGUAUCCAAAUAAGAAAUGAUAUGAUCAAAUAAAUCCAUUUCGCCGAAUAUUUUAUUUGUACCACAAUGAACUAGCAAGUGAUUACAUUUCAUAAAUGUAUAUAUAUAUUGCAUGGACUACUUUACAUUCUUUAUUUUUGUAUCCUUAUCAACCAUCUAAUGUCGUAGUAUGUCAGUUUCUUCUGUAGUUCUUUAAGUUGAGUUGUAUGGUUUGAAAAACUUUAUUCAAAUAGUGUACUUUGUAUUAGCAACACUGCCAUAAAUAUAUGUGCUUAUAUUACAAACAUUGCCAAUGUGAAAUAAAUCUGUGAAUAAAUUUAAA